GAGCCGCGGGACAGGCCGAGCCGCUGAGCGCCCGGAGCCCUGGCUCUAUGGCCCUGGAGGAGCGCGCCGGAGCCACCGCGCCGCCUACCACCAGCCAGAACUCGAGCGCCCGCUGGAGGAAGGGGGGAGCCCCGGGCACCGCCGGCCCCGACUCAGGGGCCCGCCCGCGGCCCCCGCCCCCGCCCCCGUCCCCGCCGCAGGCAAUGGCAGGCAGGUAGCCAGCUCGUGUGAGGACCCUCGCGGCGGGCAGGACCCGUAGAGAACCGCGGAGCCCAGAGAGAGGGAGGAGAGCAGCGGCUGGCCCGCCCCGGGCCGCAGCGCCACCAGGGCCCUCCCCCGGUGGCGCGCGUCCGCGCGCGCACACAUUCGCACUCUGUACCUCCGCUCCUGCCCAGCCUCUCCUGCCCUCUGCUAGUGCCGAGUCCCCUGGGGCCUGAUGCCAUGGGUAACAACUUCUCUAGUAUCCCCUCUCUGCCCCGAGGAAAUCCGAACCGGCUGCCGCGGGGCCACCCCCAAAAUCUCAAAGACUCCAUUGGGAGUCCCUUCCCUGUCACCUCUCACCGAUGUCACCACAAGCAGAAGCACUGCCCGGGAGUGCUGCCCGGCGGGGUGCUCCCGGCCACGCCGCUGCUCUUCCACCCACACACCAAAGGCUCCCAGAUCCUCAUGGACCUCAGCCACAAGGCUGUGAAGAGACAGGCAAGCUUCUGCAACGCCAUCACCUUCAGUAACCGCCCAGUCCUCAUCUACGAGCAAGUCAGACUGAAGAUCACCAAGAAGCAGUGCUGCUGGAGCGGCGCGCUGCGCCUGGGCUUUACGAGCAAGGACCCCUCCCGCAUCCACCCUGACUCGCUGCCCAAGUAUGCCUGCCCCGACCUGGUGUCCCAGAGCGGGUUCUGGGCCAAGGCGCUACCCGAGGAGUUUGCCAACGAGGGCAACAUCAUCGCUUUCUGGGUGGACAAGAAGGGCCGUGUGUUCUACCGCAUCAACGACUCGACCGCCAUGCUCUUCUUCAAUGGGGUCCGCACAGCUGACCCGCUCUGGGCCCUGGUGGACGUCUACGGCCUCACGCGGGGCGUCCAGCUGCUUGACAGCGAGCUGGUGCUGCCGGACUGCCUGCGGCCGCGCUCCUUCACAGCCCUGCGGAGGCCGUCGCUGCGACGCGAGGCCGACGACGCGCGCCUCUCCGUGAGCUUGUGCGACCUCAACGUGCCGGCUGCCGACAGCGACGAGGCCACGCCACCCGCCGGCUGCCCCAUCCCGCAGAACUCGCUCAACUCCCAGCACAGCCGCGCACUCCCGGCGCAGCUCGACGGCGACCUGCGCUUCCACGCGCUGCGCGCCGGCGCGCACGUCCGGAUCCUUGACGAGCAGACGGUGGCGCGCCUGGAGCACGGGCGCGACGAGCGCGCACUCGUCUUCACCAGCCGGCCCGUGCGCGUGGCCGAGACCAUCUUCGUCAAGGUCACGCGCUCGGGCGGCGCGCGGCCCGGCGCGCUCUCCUUCGGCGUCACCACGUGCGACCCCGGCACGCUGCGGCCCGCCGACCUGCCCUUCAGCCCCGAGGCCCUGGUGGACCGCAAGGAGUUCUGGGCUGUGUGCCGCGUGCCCGGGCCCCUGCACAGUGGCGACAUCCUGGGCCUGGUGGUUAACGCUGACGGCGAGCUACACCUCAGCCACAACGGCGCCGCCGCCGGCAUGCAGCUGUGCGUGGAUGCUUCGCAGCCGCUCUGGAUGCUCUUCGGCCUGCACGGGGCGGUCACGCAGAUCCGCAUCCUCGGCUCCACCAUCCUUGCAGAGCGGGGCAUCCCAUCACUCCCCUGCUCCCCUGCCUCCACGCCAACCUCGCCCAGCACCCUGGGUAGUCACCUCUCUGACCCCUUGCUCAGCACGUGCAGUUUGGGACCUCUGGGGAGCUCUGCUGGUGGGACGGCCCCCAACUCACCAGUGAGCCUGCCCGAGUCACCAGUGACCCCAGGCACGGGCCAGUGGAGUGAUGAGUGCACCAUUUGCUAUGAGCACGCGGUGGACACGGUCAUCUACACAUGUGGCCACAUGUGCCUCUGCUAUGCCUGCGGUCUGCGUCUCAAGAAGGCCCUGCACGCCUGCUGCCCCAUCUGUCGCCGCCCCAUCAAGGACAUCAUCAAGACCUACCGAAGCUCCUAGCCCGCUGCCGCACCCCACCCCGCACGCCCAUCUCUUCAGACUUUGGCUCAGCUCCAGCUGAGGGGCAAGCCAACGGGGCCCCUUCUCUUCUUCCUCACUUUGGAAACUCUUUUCCCUUCUCCAUUAAACAUGGGAAACUGAGGCCCCUGAAGGUUUGGGGAGAAAGGGGGCAUCAGGCAGGGAGUUAGGGGGCAGAAGCAAAUUGUCCCCCAGAGGGGAGGGGAGGAGUCUAUACUCCGCCUACCGUUCCCUUCUCUGCACCUAGCUCUUCCCUUCAUGCUGAGGGACUAAACUGGGGUCUCAGCUUGUCCCAACCCUUCCCCAUCUGGGGCAGACUUCUGUGAGGUCCCUGUAGCCCAUGCGGCACCUUUGUGAGAAUUAGAAAGUGUGUCCUUUCCUCUGGGCAGAUGUGGUCUGAGCCAGGGCACGCGGCGUGGCCAGUGGAGUAUGGACUGAACUCCAGCUUCCCAUCUGCUCCCUCAGCCAACGGCCCUUGAGCAGUGCACAACCUGCUCAACAGGUAGCCCCUGCGCUGCUGCCUUACUCUCUGACCUUUACCCGCCUCGUUCCUCUCUUCCCUGCCCCUGGGGCCUGGCAUCCGGGGGAAAGAGGGCCAGUGGAUACCUCUCACCCCAGUCAGGCUGCAGUCUCCAUGCCAUGUCCCUCUCCCACUCAUCCAUGAUGGGUGGACAGAUAGGCUGCAGAAGGCUCCAGGUUCUGAGUCCCUGGCCCUGUGUCCUGGCAGAGGUGAGAGGGCCCCUUCCUGGCCAUAGCCUGUCUGCCCCAAUCAUCUCGUCCCUUGGUGUGGCUGGAGAGCAAGGUCUGUCCUGUCAGGGACUCUAAGAACAGCUUUGUAUCUAUUCUCUGUGACCUGUCCUAUAUCUCAGUGCUGUCCUGGGCCUGGCUGAUGCUCAGAGACGCUGUAACAGCCCCAGGAGAGGCCAGGGCCCCGGGUUGGGAGCAGGGGGGUUUCCUGGGGUAAAACCAGCCUUUUAUUUAUUUAUUUAUUUAUUUGAUUUGUGUUGUUUGGAUGGCGGUUGGGGGGGUGAGUUCCCACCCCCUAAGCCCCUAGAAAUGCUGCCCUGGUGUGCGGAAUGCCUGGAGAGGGGAUAGCAGAGGUAUUCAUCCUUCAGAAUCUCAGAUUCCAGCCCAAAAGUCCAUAGCCAGCGCUGCUUCCCAUGAAUUAGAACUCCAUAAAAGGGGCUGAAUUGGGAGACCUCCUGGCAAAUUGUGUCCAUUUUACAGAGAGGCAAACUGAGCCUCCUUAAUACAUGGGGCCACACAGUGCCCUUCCCUGAGCUGGAGCAGGGUUAUGGUUGGCACAAAUACGUCAGGAGGCCCAGAAGCAUCCCCUCCACAAGGACAAAAGGCUCCGGGAAGGCUGAAGGAAGGCAGCCUAGCUUGGGCCAGGGAACGGCCGGGGAGCCUAGUGCCAGCAGGGGCAGGGAGCCAGUUCUUUGGAAAGGCACCCCACCCCCAGGAAAGAUGAGCGUGGUAGGGGAUGGGUCCCAGCACCUCUGGGUUCUUAUUCCUGGUUCUGGGGUGAGGGAGUACCCCCAACCUACUCUUAGGCUACAAACAUCUCUGCCCUGCUCGCCCUGUCCUGUUAGGCCACGGGCUGGGGCGCUCAGAGUCAUGGCCCAGUCUCUCCCGCUCCUCCGCCACCGCCCAGCCCUCUGCCUCAGAUGGCCGUUUGCGUUCAUCAGAGAUCGCUUCUUCCUGUUGCUGGCAGAGCACAGGACUCUGUACCUGGUAACUGACUGGUUGUGUGGGCUUGGCCCGGUCAUAGCUCCUCUGUGCCUCCGCUGCCACCUCUGUGAGAUGAUUGGGGAUGGGGGCAGACUUUGUGUGACUCUUAGUUCUUUGGUGAGGGGCUGCUGUGGGGUGGUGUGGUGGGACAGCACCGGGGGUGAGGACACCAGGCUGGGCCUUUGGGAAGUCAUGGUUCCACUAUGGGUCACCCCACUGACCCUAGAGACGCCUUCUGUGGGGGUGGGGUGGCCCCAUCCAGUCAAGGGUCCCGUCUCAGAGGCAAGGAAAGGUCCUAAGUGCAGUGGCUGCCUGGCCUGAGGGUGGCGGUGAGGAAGCCAUCCGUCCCAUUUUCUGUUAGUACGGGGUAGUUGCUGCCUCCUUUGUGAACUUGGGUCGCUGUGAUUGUGAAUAAAGGUGAUUUCGUACCAGC